ACGUGGAGCCGGGGCUGGCCCGGCAACAGGAGACGCUGCCGCCGCGGCUGCCGCGCCCCGGGGGAAGGAGGCGAGCUGCGGCCGCCGCCGCCGCCAUGGGGUCGUGGUGAGCGCCCGGCGCCGGAGCCCGCCCGCCUCGCUGCGCCCCCGUGGCGGCCAUGGCCCCCAUGGGGAUCCGCCUCUCCCCCCUCGGCAUGGCCGUGUUCUGCCUCCUGGGGCUGGGCGUCCUCUACCACCUCUACUCCGGCUUCCUGGCCGGCCGCUUCGCCUUCUUCAUGCUGAGCGAGCCGGCGGCGGGCGGCGCCGAGGCCCCGCGCGGCUCCGCGCCCGCGGGCGCCGUGGACCUGCGGGAGCUGCUGGCCGUGUCCGUGCUGGCCGCCGUCAGGGGCGGCGAGGAGGUGAAGCGGGUGCGCGAGGGCAACGUCCUCAACGAGAAGGCCAAGGGGAAGACGCGGGAGGGCGCCGAGGAGAAGCUGACGAGCGGCGACCUGCUCUCCAACCGCAAGAUGUUCUACCUGCUCAAGGGCGCCUUCCCCGGCGUGCAGAUAAAUUCUGAAGAACAUGUUGAUGCAGCUGAUCAGGAGAUAGUCUCUUGGGAUCGUAGUAUUCCUGAAGAUAUAAAGAAAAAAAUACAACCCAAAGAGGUUCCAGCAGAAAGUGUUACUGUCUGGAUUGAUCCGUUAGAUGCUACACAAGAAUAUACAGAGGAUCUUCGACAGUAUGUCACAACAAUGGUUUGUGUGGCUGUAAAUGGUAAACCUGUAAUAGGAGUGAUACACAAGCCUUUUUCGACAUAUACAGCCUGGGCGAUGGUGGAUGGUGGGUCAAAUGUAAAAGCUCGUUCAUCCUACAAUGAGAAGACCCCAAGGAUUAUUGUAUCCCGCUCUCAUGCAGGAAAAGUAGAGCAGGUUGCACGGCAGACAUUUGGAAAUAAAACUGUGAUAAUCCCCGCUGGUGGAGCAGGUUAUAAAGUGUUGGCCCUCCUUGAUGUGGCUGAAAAGAAUCAAGAAGAAGCUGAUGUGUAUAUCCAUGUCACGUAUAUUAAGAAGUGGGACAUAUGUGCUGGAAAUGCUGUGUUGAGAGCAUUGGGUGGCCAUAUGACUACCCUGGCUGGUGAAGAAAUUAGUUACACUGGCUCAGAUGGCAAUGAGGGAGGACUUAUAGCCAGUAUUAACAUGAAUCAUAAAGCACUGAUUGAAAAACUUCCAAAUCUGGAGAAAACAUCACGCAAAUAAACUUGACUGGUGGAGAAGUACAAAUAAUGCUUUUGUAGUCUCCAAAUGCUCUGUCUGAAGAAGCAGGUGAGAAAACCUGCAAGGAAAGAUGCACAGCAAAGCAAAGCAAUUUGGUGUGGGUUUGGGGACUAUAGAGUACAUUGGGUUGCUUGAGUGAUGGUAUUAAAACAAACAAAAAAAAAAAAAAACAAAAAAAAGAAAAAAAAGAAAGAAAGAACUUGGAAAUAGAAAGGUGACUGACUGCCUCACACCUCAGUUUUCAUGUCUUAUUUUUUAGACUGUUUUCAUGCAGUUCUUAUACUCAAGGUGCAUAUACAGUAUGUAUUUGAGAAUUUAGGUGAAUUAAAAGGAAAAUCCAAAUUGUUUCAUAAAAUAACCAAAGUAGUUCUCACAGGAAUUUUUUUUUGAACCUUUUACAUCUUGUUACUGUAGUUUUAGCAGCUCCAUAAUGAAUUAGGUAGAAAAAAAAGAUUGAUUUAUAUAACCAUUUGAUAACUGUAAACAAUUUAGCAGGAAAUAAGACCCUGUGUUCUAUAUCCCCUGAACAGAAAGCACAAGAAGGGUGACACAAAUUUAUAUGCAGCAAAAGUUUAUCUUUGACAGAGUGGCACUCUUUUUGCUUUUUAAGAUAAAAAAAGAAAUGUUCUGUACUAUUUUGACAUUUUUCCUGAAGAUGUAAACCAGUUUAGUUCAAACAAGUUGUGAAUAUUACUGUUUUAUUAAUCAGUGUAAUUAUUUCCCUAUACUUUUUUAAAAGAAGGCAAUGUUUCCUUGUAUAGUUUUUAACAAUUAAUUCUUGUCACUGAUUUCUGUGUAUGGUGUUGAAGGUGCAUGCCAGACUUUUCUCUAAGGUAGGACUUGUUCAUCAUUCGGUGUUUAUACCUGUAGAUAGGUUUAUACCUAUCCUUCAGUAUCUAUUUUUUUCAUUGAUCAAAGUCAUAUGGAAUGAGUUUGAUGCAAAUAGUGAGUUGAUUGCUUAUUUUCAUUUACAGCAUCAGGUAGAAACCAGCAAUUUUUCUAGAACCCCGGAAUGACCUUUGUCCCCCAGCUUAUGGGUCUUCAUUUCUGCAGAAAGCUCUUGAGUCAUCCUGAACAGUCUGUGGUUACUUGUUUUAUGGAAAUUAGCACAAUGCAUGAGACCAUUUUUCCAUAACUCUAAAUUUAGUUUAAGCAAUUUUGAAGAGUAUUUGGCAUUUGAAGAACAAGAGGGUGACAACGUUGUUCAAUAAAGUUUUGUGGAAUUGGGUCCAGCAUACACAGAACAGAACUCUUUUGAUAUCAAAUGACAAAUUGUGGCAUCUGUAAAAUAUGUGGACUUCUAUCUGCUGAAAAUGUAACUAUCUCUUAAUAUUGUCCUUUCAGCCCCUCUAAAAGGACUUCAGGAAGUUAAAAUGUACCUGUUCUGUAAAUAUCAAUGGGUAAGCUUCCCAUGUUCUUCAAGAAAGUUAAAGUUGUUAUUUAGUACAAACAUUUUCCAUUUGAAGUUUAUUCAGUAUAAGCAUAGGCUGUUUCAACCAAAUUCAUGUCCUCUGAUAAAUAUCUUAAUUACUUACGUCUUAAAUUUUUCAUCUAUUGGUAUUCUGAUUAAGAUGACUGGUUCCCCCCCCCCCCCCCCAUCAGUAGUGGUGCAUGUCAUACCACUUCUAAUUCUGUUAACUUCUAGCUAGUGUUCACAUUUCCACAGGAUCUCCUCAGAUGUUACAUAACUACGGAUAUAAACUUUCUGUUUCCUUUGUUUUGUAAACAUACAGGCAAAGUAGACUGAAACUGAGUUCUACUAGCCUUUUGGUACGGGUAGUUUUUUUUUUCUUAUACUUUCUUUUUUCCCAGAAUUGUUACUAUUGCUGCUGUUUGGGAAUAGGUUUUACAUGUGUAGAUAAUAUACAAACAAAGCAACUUAACUUCCAAUUUUUAAAUGUAAUAAUCUGCUGCAUGCUACACAAAUAAGUGAAUAUGCUCUUACUAAAAAGGGACUCAUUUAUUCUGAAAGCUUGUUGAGCUUCCAAAUGUCAGUGAAGAACAAAAGUCAAGGCUUAGUGAUAUUUUACAGGAAGACUGCAGCUUUUUUUUUUUUUUUUUUUUUUUUUUUUUUUUUUUUUUCCUUGAGGCUGAUUAGUUAAACAACAUGGGUUAAAAUUUAGAUAUGCGAAAUAGCUAUAGUAGCCUGAAUGUAUCACUAAGGGUGAAUGCACAGUGCUCAAGUAGACAAUAAGACAAAGCUUAUGGGAGAUGAUUGUUCUGCAUUCAGGUUGAAAAUGUGCGUAAGCUUUCAUGAUGAAAGCUUGACUGCUUUUAUUUUGGAUAUGAUUCCUUGCAUAAGCUGUGAUCAGAGAGUUGCUGCAUGAGACCUGGAGAGUAGGUCAAGAUUACAUAUCUUGGGUUUGCAUCUUAGCUGAAGGUACACAGCAGCAGUAUUUGCCUAAUUAAUUUCUCCCUAGGGAGACAAAGAAGCUACAAAGGUGAACUUCAGCCCUCCUUUUGUUUAUCUCAUUUGCUGGCUAAAAUAUCUAGUCUUUCAUCAGGAAGACUUUUAAGCUUGUUUAAACCUGAUUAUAUUUCAAAGUGCUUUAUUGCACUGGAUUGUAGUGCUCAAUACCUUUCAGUUUCGGACUCUUUUUGGACCAUGCUCACUACUGCUACAAAGAAAGGAGGAGAUGAAACUGAGGUGCCCGGAUAACUGCUUCUGGCACAGUCUGAGCACAUACAGGUUUACCACAGCUGAGAUCUAAGGUGAUGCUUGGAGCCUCCCCAGGUAGCCUGAAGAGCAGCUUCUUUGGUAUGAGUAUUGUCAGGCUUCUGGUGAAUAUCAACUUCUGAUGUUGUCAUUCUACAAUAAAUGUGACUUUUGCACAGGCCAGGAAGUAUUUAAAAGUGCUUGCUUAGUGCAUAUGUGUCCUCACUCUUAGAUAUUUGUAUAAGAUUAAUACCCAGUACAUGCUCUUUUUUUGACUAGGUUUGUACUGUUUUAAGACACUUUGCUAUCCCAGCUUGACUGUAUGUUUGGUUUCACCUGUGUGGAUGUGACUUAAGUUUGUGCCCAGAGUGGUAGGCAGUUGUACCACAGCAUCUCACUGCAGGGCUAUAAUGUUGUUCAUUAUAUCCUAGACUCUUUCACAUAAAACCCAUGAAACUAUUUUUAGGGAUGCUGCUUAAAACAAUAGCACAGCAUAGGUGGGUACUACAAAAGUAUGUCUUUUCUAAAAAAUAAAUUAAAAUAAAAUCUUUCAUUAUAUCAUUUUAACUCCAAACAAGGGAAGUAGGAGAAUGUAUUGUUUUAGCAUUACUUUUUUGUUAGUUGUUUUUUGUUUGAGUGGGUAUUAUGAUCAAGACAGUUACAAAUGAAAUUAUUCUAAAUCUAUUUUUGGGAGUCUUUUGGUUUUUCUUUUUUUUUUAAUCAUUUGUGGAAAAAAAGUGAAUGUUAGCAUAGAUGAUACCUAGGACUGUACCAGGAGUCCUAACUUGCAUUCCAUAAAUGAAUGUUUUCUAAAUAAAUUGACAUGGAAAUAAAACAGUUCAAAAUUUUA